UUUUGGAAUAUGCAUUUGACGCGGAUUGUUGAGGCUUUCACCUCGUCGCCUGAGAAGCUCGAUGAACUUUGUUCUGUGGAGUUGGCUUCAGCUGGUGUCUCUGUAUCACUUUUUAACGUCAUCUCGAAGCUUUUCAACAUUCCUCUCCUCAGUGUUGCAGCAUCCUUUUGCCUGAAGCAUAUCAAACAAUGCAGGCAGGUUCUCAGCAACAGCUAUCCUCAGUUUCCACAACUUUUAACUUUAGCUGUUGGCAUUGGUAUAUUUGAGGCUAUGGCCCUGUCUUUGGGAACUCUUCUCGGCUUGAUGGAAAUAUCAUCGUUCUGGAUUUCCAGAUACUCAAAUAUUUCUAAAAGGAAAAAGAAUUGCACCAAAAAAGAGCAACUUGAGAAGAAAGCUCAAAAGAGACAAGAACAACUUCGUAUUAUGAGAAUAGAUGUUUCGAAGCUUCCAGAAACUCUACAGAAAAGGAUUGAAGAUUGUCAAAUGCGGAUGAUAAAUGAAUGGGAAACCGAGGGUCUUUUUGGAGAAAAUGGUGAAAAUAAACCAUUGACAGAAUCGUUGGCCGGAGAAUCACGCACUACUAGAGAGACCGAUUCGGACAAAGAGUGA